CGUUUCUCUAUUGGCUCGCUUUAUUUGUACGGCAACAUCGCUUCCACAAUCAUGUUCAAAUUAGUAUUUUUCAGCAUUCUGUUUCUGAGCUCCGUAAACGCUAUUUCAAUGCAAUGUUCUGUGGCCGAAGUGAAGAAUAUUUUAGAAGGAUGUGAAAAACUGACGGGUUUGAAUAUUACGAGCGUUGGAGGGACCAUCGUCAAUGAACACAAUUGCGACGUUCUUCUUCCAAAACAAGUCUUCAUUGAGGAGCCUCUUUUUCAGUAUCCACUAGCGGAUUCGAAAAAGUUUUAUUCACUACUAAUGGUAGAUCUUGAUGCACCUCCUCAACUCGAAGGAGAAUUUUUCCUGCACAUGUUGAAAUCCAAUAUCAACGGUCUGGCGUUGAAAUCCAAGGAAGGAUUACAGAACAUGAAAACAUCAGGAAUUGAUUACCGAGGAUACAAAGGACCAAUGCCACCUCGCGGCACCGGCCCGCACCGCUACAUAACUCUGUUAUUUGAACAAGCAGACGGCAACAACUUUUUGCCGAACGUGCCACAGUCUCGCAACCGCUUCGUACUGACCAACUGGUUGCGCGGGAAAAACCUGUGCGGCCCGAUCGCUGGUAUUCAGUUCCGGUCGCAAUUCUAGAUGGCGCUAGUGGUUCAAAAUCGAAUACUUUGAAGCCUCACAUAUUAUUACCAUAAAACAAUGUAAAAAAUAUUAGUAAGUAUUUUUUUGGGUGUUGCAUCACUUCACUAAGUUACAAUGUAAAUUAGUGAAGGUGAAACCUUCGAGGAAAGAUGCCACAUUUAGUUUCAGGAUGUUGAAUACUUUCUAAAAAGUUAAAUUUUAGAAAAAAUAAAAUAUGAUGAAAAGUUGCUUUACUUGGUGUAUAAGCUAUUAUUACGUGUUGUAAAAUUUUCAUACGAAUCUAUACCGUAACCGUAGUUAUGAGUAUGAAACAACCAAACUGUCGCAUAACGAUCCUUAAUGCUUUUCUAAUACGUAAACUUUACGAACGUGUACACAAAACGACUCUUAUUCAACAUGUUACUCGUGUGACUUAUUUAAUACCUAUCUUAUACCCAACGUAAUUUAAGUCUAGGGACUCGUACAU